CGCCUGCAUUAUCUGAUGAGAUGUUGGACUCCGACGACUGCACCUUGUCCCUGGACAAUCUAUUUUUUGAAAAACCAGUUGUCCACAAAGUAAGGCCACUGCACCAGGAGCCCAGUCCAUGGCAGCUGGAAGCACCUCCAUCUCUUACUCAUAUUCCAGCCACUCAGGGUAUGCAGGAGGAGGCAGAGUCUCUCUCUGCCCUAUACAGUUUCUCACAAAGACCCAAGAAAUUCCACCCUCCGUAUAAAGGAUCAGCUGACCAUAGGGUCUUACCAAUACAAACCAACUGCUCUUAUAGGUUUAGCAAUGAUGAGAAAAAUACUGAAGAGACUCAAGGUGGUAAUAGCAGCAGCACCAUCCGAUGCGACGGCCUUUGGGGAGGUGAAGGGUUCAGGGAUUACUCUCGGGGUGGCUGUCAGAGUGGCAGAGGUGGAGAUGAAACCCCGCAGGACUCUGGUCGUGCAGGCGUCAGCACUUGUUUGUCUCUGGACUGCAGCAAAAGCCCACCUUUACGGAGAAGCUUGUUCAAGAUUCAGGCGCUGACCAGUGGAGGUGACUCGUCAAACACAGAUGACCUCAGUGGCAGUGGCAGCAGCAGCCAGACAACAUCCAGACUUCAAACUUUUCUCAGUCAGGUUACCAUGACGACAGCGCCUCCUCCUUUUCAGCUGCCACAGGCGACAGUUGGCCACGCAGCUCCUCCUUUCCCCUCCAAGCCCCCUCUCUCACCCCCUCCUCUGGGCUCAUCUGCAGCGAGUGGCCAACCCCCGCAGCAGGCGCCACAUGCAGAGAUACAGGACAAGGGCACAAAGAGAGCUUUCGUUCCACCCAUGACGCCUCAGCCGCUCCACAUACGAGGGUCUUCUGGUUCUGGAGUUUUGCGACCAGUUUCUGAAAUCCCAGUUAGGUUCAGAUCUGUCUUCAGCGACUUCCCCUUUUUCAAUUAUGUGCAGUCCAAAGCUCUUGAUGAUGUUCUUUACACGAGUAAGAACUUUGUGGCAUGUGCUCCGACUGGAUCUGGUAAAACAGUGCUGUUUGAGUUGGCAAUUAUUCGCCUGCUAAUGGAGACACCAGAGCCCUGGAGAGACGUCAAAGCUGUAUACAUGGCCCCUAUCAAAGCUCUCUGCAGUCAGUGUUUUGAGAACUGGAAGAAGAAGUUUGGUCCUCUGGGGUUGAGCUGCAAGGAGCUGACUGGUGACACGGAGAUUGAUGACUUCUUUGAGAUUCAGGACUCUCACAUCAUCCUGACCACACCUGAAAAAUGGGACAGCAUGACAAGAAAAUGGAAGGAUAACUGUUUGCUGCAGCUAGUCAGGCUCUUCCUUAUUGAUGAGGUGCAUGUUGUGAAGGAUGCGACCCGUGGCGCCACCUUGGAAGUGGUGGUGAGCCGGAUGAAGGCAGUACACGCCUACAGGACAUCACAAAAUCCAGAGGCAGGCCUCUCUAUGAGAUUUGUGGCUGUAUCUGCCACCAUACCCAAUAUAUCCGAUAUAGCAGACUGGUUGUCAAACGAGGGCGGUCAGGCCACAUAUCUGGAUAUGGAUGAGAGCCACCGUCCAGUGAAGCUGAGAAAGGUGGUGCUCGGAUUCCCCUGCAGUCCAAACCAAACUGAGUUCAAGUUUGAUUUGUCACUUAACUACAAGAUGGCCAACAUCAUACAGACGUACUCUGACCAGAAGCCUGCACUAGUGUUUUGCUCCACAAGGAAAGGAGCCCAGCAGUCCGCUGCAGUUCUGGCCAAGGAUGCUCGAUUCAUCAUGAGCAUUGAACACAAGCAAAGGUUGAUGAAAUAUGCAAACUCUAUUCUAGACACCAAGCUGAGAGAUCUGGUGAUGUUAGGAGUUGGUUAUCACCACGCAGGAGUCGACUUGUCUGAUAGGAAGCUGAUAGAAGAGGCCUUCACUCUGGGAGACCUGCCUGUCCUCUUUACGACCAGGACUUUGGCCAUGGGGGUAAACCUGCCAGCUCAUCUGGUGGUGAUCAAGUCCACCAUGCAGUAUGUGUCAGGCUCCUGUGAGGAGUACAGCGAGGCAGACCUGCUGCAGAUGAUCGGCCGGGCUGGCAGACCACAGUUUGACACGUCAGCCACUGCAGUGAUCAUGACCAAGAUUCAGACCCGAAACAAGUACAUGCAGCUCAUGAGCGGGAUGGAAAUCAUUGAGAGCAGCUUACACGCUCACCUGGUGGAGCACCUGAAUGCUGAGAUUGUUCUCCAAACCAUCAGCGAUGUCAACAUGGCUCUGGACUGGAUCCGCUCCACCUUCCUCUACAUCAGAGCCCUCAAAAACCCCACACACUACGGUUUCUCUGCCGACUUAGACAGAUACGGCAUUGAAGGAAAAUUACAAGAACUGUGUCUGAAGAACCUCAACUCUCUGUUCUCUAUUGGUGUCAUCGAUAUGGACGAGGAUAUCAACAUCAAGCCAACAGAGGCUGGCAGGUUGAUGGCGAGGUACUGCGUUGCGUUCGACACCAUGAGAAAGUUCAGUGAAGUGGCUGGCUCCGAGAGCCUUUCUGAUCUGAUCAAGCUGAUGUCGAAGAGCAGAGAGUUCAGCAACAUUCAGCUGAGAGUGAAUGAGAAGAGGCCCUUGAACACUUUGAACAGGGAUAAAAACAGGGUCACCAUCAGAUUUCCCAUGGAAGGAAAGAUCAAAACCAGUGAGAUGAAAGUGAACUGCUUGAUUCAGGCUCAGCUGGGUUCCAUCUCCAUUCAAGAGUUUGGACUCACACAGGACACAGCAAAGAUCUUUAGGAACGGGAUGCGCAUCAGCAGAUGCCUCUCAGAGUAUCUGACUCAGCGAUCCAAGACCGGUUUCUCUGCUGUGCUCAACUCCCUGAUCCUGGCUAAGUGCUUCAGAGCCAAGCUUUGGGAAAACUCGCUCUAUGUUUCCAAACAGCUGGACAAGAUAGGCCAGUUCCUGUCUACUGCCAUGGUGAACAGCGGACUGACCACUUUCAGCAAAAUAGAGGAAACCAACGCCAGAGAGCUCGAGCUGAUUCUCAACAGACAUCCGCCGUUUGGAAACCAAAUCAGAGAAUCUGUCGUCCGUCUCCCAAAGUAUGACAUUUCUCUGGAGCAGCUGCCGCGGUACAGCAGUGCCACGGCAGAGAUUGUGGUGAAGGUGAACCUGACGAACCGAGCACAGCUGCUGUCAAAGAGAACGGCUCCAGACCACCACUACGUCUCUCUGAUCAUCGGAGACUCCGACAACACCGUCGUCUUUCUACAGAAACUCACGGACCUGGUGCUGCUGAAGUGUGGUAGCUGGUCGAAGAAGAUUGAUGUGGCAAAAGCCUCGAAAGGAGAGGAGAUCAGUGUCAAUCUCAUAAGCUCAGGAUACGUGGGCCUGGACAUCCAGCAGAAGUUCACUGUGCACUACUCUGCAGCCAGGAGGUCUGAAAAUCCAUACAAUACAACACACAUUCCUGCUGGACAGAGACCACAGAGUUCUGAGCUGAAGCCGCUGUCUGCAAAUCAGGCUGAGGCUCAGAAGGAAAAUGCUGCUAAAGACCAAGGCAAAACCCAUCAUGUAGGCAGUAAAAGACAGUGCAACCACUUCUGCAAGAAUAAGAGCCUCUGUGCGCAUGACUGCUGUAAAGUAGGUGUAACUGUGGCACGGAAGAGGUCAGCGAACCAGGAGUCCAGUUUCUCAUCUUAUCUGCAAGACCUGAGGAUCAGAUCGGACACUCUCACGCAGACCCCAGUGAAACGACUCAAGAUGAAGAUGAGCGAGGAGCCCGUGUCCGUCAGCAUGCAGGAGUUUGCUUACAAGCCCAAACAGAUGCUUUCUCCUGUUUCCUGGGGUGGAGGAAUUCACCACAAAGCUUCACUGAAACCUCACACUGUGACCGGCCUGACAGACGGAGACUGCGCUCAGCUGCCAGACAUAAUUUGUCUGGAUGACCUUGACAGAGGUUAUGAUGACUAUGUGGAGAGCAACAUGGUGGGAGAGAACGUCCAAACCUCUGCUGCAUCCAGCGCUCACUACCGAAGUUCCUCGGUGUGGAUGAUCCCAGAACCGAGCAGUGGGAGUCAGAACUCUAAACAACAUCUAAACCAGAUCAAUACCAGCAGCUCAGCUUACUCACUGAGGUCCACCGCUGUGUCAGAGGAACGAGCUUCAUCGUUCCAACUGCCGGCCGUCAGCUUUGACCUUGGAAACGAAUGGGACGACUGGGGCGACUUCGAUGACGACAACUUGGUGCACGCCAGCGAGACUUCACUGGCCUCGUGUACGACUAAUCCUCAGAGUGUAGAGCACAACCGGGCAGGCCAUGCUACUACAUCAGCACCAGCGUUCCUCGGUUGCUCACAAGCCAAACCCUGUAUGAGCGCUGUCACCACACCGCUGAGAUCGAUUUCAGCAACUGUGAGUCCUGAAAUCAGGAAACUGGGACCUUCACCAGUCAGUACAACAUCUGCCCUGCAGAAAAGAAUCACCCUCGACUGGAACAGAAAGAGACCAAACAUCUUCAAUGAGGAGAUCACAGUAAAACUACCAGAAAAUCUUCCAAGAAAGCCUCACGAGACCCGAGUGAAUAACAGACUGGAUUUCUUCUCGACAAUGAGCGUCGCAGCCGGUGCGAGCUCAUCCGACAGCAGAAGCAAAGAAGAGGAAGCUUUCCUUGGCAUAUUCGAUGGUAUAUUUUAGAAGGACUGUUGGCCUUCCUCUGACAUGAAUAUGUCAUUAACUUAGAGUUCUUUCUUCAUGCUGUCCUUCACUCUAGCCUGUGAGAUUUAUAUCGAGUUGUUGUAAUUUCCUGUUACCAUAUAUUCAUAUUGUAAAUGAAACAAGUUGCGUUAGUUGUAGUUAUUGCAAAUGUGAUUGUAUUUAUUUGUUCAAUAAAGUCUUUGUUCAUUGGAUGA